AUGUCGAUCAAAAUCAAACCCUUCCACACUAAACUGAAUGAAGUUAUUCUUAAAGUGGCGUCUUCUGAAUUAGGAGAGGAUGGAGAACGACGACAAGAGGCAAUAGAAAUAAUUCGCCAGUGGAUGGCAAAGCAGCCACAUUUGCAACAUAUACUCUUAGAUGAAUACAGUAUCGUGUGUUUUGCCCGUGGGUGCAAGUAUAGCUUGGAGAAGAUGAAGCAUAAGAUAGAUUUGCAAUACACUCUGAGAACAGCCUUGCCAGAAUUCUUCUCAGGAAGGGACCCAUUGAAACCCAGAUUACAAGAGGCUCUUGCAUGUGGGUCGUAUCUCCCAUUGCCAAAUUAUGACAAGCAUGGCAGAAAAGUGAUCGUUAUGCGUCCUGGAUGCUUCGAUCCAUGCCAAUUCAAACCAGAAGAUAUAGAAAAAGCCAAUUUCAUGGUGCUUGAUAUCAUGGGCAGAGAGGAAGAACAAAUGUUUGUUACGGGAAUGGUGAUAAUCGUAGAUUGCCACGGUUACACGUUGAAUCACUUCACACAAAGGCCACUUGCGCUGAGUAAAAAACAGUUGUGUUUUUUGCAGAGUGCUCCUAUUAGUCCAAAAACUAUCCACUUUAUUCGAACAAAUUCAGUGUUUCACUCGGUAUAUGGCGUGGUGAUGAACAUGCUCAAAGAUAAGAUAAAACAAAGGGUAAAGAUCCAUGGUUCCGAUUUCCAAUCGCUAUACAAAGAAAUAGAUCGGAAGAUUCUUCCAAAGGAUUACGGGGGCGAUGGAAUAUCUUUCGCAGAGCUCACAGAUUGCUGGAAGAAAAAAGUUGAAGACAACAGAGCGUUUCUCAUUGCAUCAGAAAAAAACUUCCGCGUCGACGAGUCACGCCGUCCGGGUAAAUCUAAGACGGCCCAGGAUCUCUUUGGCAUCGAAGGAUCCUUCCGAAAACUCAAUGUGGAUUAGUACGUCUCGAAGUACCGAUCUACCAUAAAUGGCUUGUCCAUAUCUCAAUAGUAUGUUCGAUAUUAAGGUAAACUGCCACUAAUAGGGAGAAAUUGACUGUCAAGAGUAAUUGGUAUGUGGGGUAUUUCAUUUCGUUCCUUAAAAUGCCUUAUUUUUCCGAAUAACAAAAACAUUUACCUUAAA